UUGCUGUCGAGCGCGUGGCAAGUCGUGUCGUGAGGUCCCGGUUUGGUGCAGUUUUAAUUGCAAUUUUCUAUACGCCAUCAUUUGAAAACCCAACGCCAACAAGAUGAAAAUCUACAAGGAUAUCAUCACCGGUGACGAGAUGUUCGCCGACACAUACAAAAUGAAGCUGGUCGAUGAGGUUAUCUACGAGGUAUACGGCAAACUCAUUAGUCGCACCGAAGGCGACAUCCAAAUUGCUGGCUUCAAUCCAUCUGCCGAGGAGGCUGAUGAGGGCACUGAAUCCAACGUCGAGAGAGGCGUUGAUGUCGUGCUGAACCACCGUCUACAAGAAUGCUUCGCUUUCGGCGACAAAAAGUCCUUCACACUCUACCUUAAAGACUACAUGAAGAAGGUGCUGAGCAAGCUGGAGGAAAAUGCACCCGACCAAGUAGAUGUGUUCAAGACAAACAUGAACAAGGUGAUGAAGGAGAUUUUGGGCCGCUUCAAGGACUUGCAGUUCUUCACUGGCGAAUCCAUGGACUGUGACGGAAUGGUAGCUAUGUGCGAAUAUCGUGACAUCGAUAAUGCUAGCGUUCCAGUGCUCAUGUUCUUCAAACACGGUCUCGAAGAGGAAAAGUGCUAAAGUGGUGUGUGCGUGUGUGUGUACUGCCCCCAUUGCUGCAGGCAAUGCAACAACCCCCAAGUUCAAUGGCAGCAACAACACAAAGAACAAUAACAACCUCCUAAACUGCAACAAGAAACGCCCCGGCGCAGACACACAUGCUACGAACAGAAGAGACACAUACUCAUGCACAUAAUUCACGGAUUUUUAGUUUCAAUUUCAAUAAGUUCAAAAUUUUGUUUAAACAAGUAGAAAGUUCAGCGAAAAUGGUCCAAAUUUAUACGUAUUUUAAUUUUAUACAUUUAUAUUCAUUUUCAUGUUUGUCUAAGAUCAAAAUAACUGUUUAUUGAAUACAAAAUUGUACUACCAAGAGAACCAAGAGACGAGCACGCAGACAGCCGCCCAGCCCAAAAUAACAGCCAAAAUGGCUGUCUGGGGACAGGGCCAGCAGUAGCUAAAAUAAUUAAUAAAAAGAUCUUAACUAUUGUAAUUAAACAAAGCAACGUAAAUUAA